AAACCAGUGCAGGGAGGAAGGGAUUGACUGGAGAGACCAGAGCUCUGAAGGCAGAUGAAACGCAAGGUGUCUUGUACAUUGGGGAACAACCAAUCUUGCCUUACAAUGGGAACAGACGCUCACUCCACUUGUGGACAUUGACGCUCCGUUCUGCAUCAGGAAGGAAAAAGCACUCCACCUUUUUGAGUUUUUUUGUUUUUUGUAUAUUGCCUCUCUGUUGUGGUGUGGGCUCAGCGCUGUCUACCUUCAUGUGGAGAAAGAAGCUACUGGUGCGCUCUUCGACUCCCCUCUCCUCCUCAUCCGUCCUCUCCGGAUCAGGUCUUUCGCGCUAGGGAUCCGCUUUCCUGGAAUCUUGGUCCUCCAUGUACGAUAACCUCUACCUCCAUGGCUUCGAAGACUCGGAGGCGGGCUCAGCUGAUUCCUACACAAGCCGACCGUCUGACUCAGAUGUGUCCCUGGAGGAGGAGAAGGAGGGCGGCCGGCAGGAGAGGGAGCAGCAGGCCACUGUCCAGCUUGAGAGGGCAAAGAGUAAAGCAGUGGCAUUUGCCGUGAGGACCAACGUCAGCUACUGCGGAGCGCUGGAAGAGGACGUUCCUGUCCCCGGCACCGCCGUCUCUUUUGACGCCAAGGACUUCCUCCACAUCAAAGAGAAGUACAACAAUGACUGGUGGAUCGGCCGCCUGGUGAAAGAAGGCUGCGACAUCGGCUUCAUUCCCAGCCCACUGAAGCUGGAAAACGUCCGGCUGCAGCAGGAGCAGAAGAGAGGACGCUUCCACAGCAGCAAAUCCAGUGCAAAUUCCUCCUCCAGUCUGGGAGAAAUGGUGUCAGGCACGUUCAAACCAAACCCAAACUCAGCAGGAAAGCAAAAACAAAAAGUGGCUGAACACGUCCCCCCGUAUGACGUGGUUCCGUCCAUGAGGCCGGUGGUCCUGGUAGGUCCAUCCCUGAAAGGCUACGAGGUGACGGAUAUGAUGCAGAAAGCGCUGUUUGACUUCCUGAAGCACAGGUUCGAUGGAAGGAUAUCUAUCACGAGGGUCACCGCUGAUAUAUCGUUGGCCAAGAGGUCAGUACUUAACAACCCCAGUAAACGGGCCAUCAUUGAGAGGUCCAACACCCGCUCCAGCCUCGCUGAGGUCCAGUGUGAAAUAGAAAGGAUCUUUGAGUUGGCCAGAUCUCUACAGCUGGUGGUGUUGGAUGCAGACACAAUAAAUCACCCAGCACAGCUUAUCAAGACCUCAUUAGCUCCCAUUAUUGUCCAUGUUAAGGUGUCAUCUCCUAAGGUCUUGCAGCGUCUGAUCAAAUCGCGAGGGAAGUCCCAAAGCAAACACUUGAACGUGCAGCUUGUUGCAGCAGAAAAACUAGCCCAGUGUCCGUCAGAGAUGUUUGACAUUAUUUUGGACGAGAACCAGCUUGAAGAUGCCUGCGAACACCUGGCAGAAUACCUGGAAGCGUACUGGCGCGCUACCCACACUUCACUUAGCACGCCGCUCAACCCCCUGCUGGGACGCAAUCUGGGCUCCACUGCUCUCUCCCCGUAUCCAGCUGCCAUCCAGGCCCAAAAGAAUCGAAACAGUAACCACACGACUACCGACCAUUCCCCCGUCGAGCGCCGCAAUCUGAUGCCCGCGGACGAGAACUAUCACAACGAGCGGGCCCGGAAGAAUCGCAACCGCCUCUCCUCGGGCUCACAGCACAGCAGGGACCACUCUCCACUGAUGGAGGAGGACUACCAAGACCCCUACCAGGACUCUUACAAGCCUCACCGCAAUCGCGGAUCCCCCGGAGGCUUCAGCCAGGACUGCGCCAGGCACAGGCUGUGAGCCGAUACUCGUCUGCGCCGAACACAAUCGCUGAGGCGGCAGCGUGAUGAAUCUACUUCAGUCAUGUGAACUGGAACUAUCUCUUAUGUCUGUGUGUCAUAUCCCCUUUUGACCUUGGACAUUUAUAACCUAAUAUUUAAAAAAAGAAAAACUGUCUUUGCUAUGAUGUGAAUAUGAGGGUGGACAUGUAGCACAAGAACUAUGUUUUAAACGAAGGGUGGAAGUUUAGCUUGUUUUAAUGUGUCACACAAGUAGCUUGUAAGUUAAAUCAACUAGCAAGUGAAAGUGUGGGGUCUUCUACACUUUCCCUGCCAUCUCAGCUGUCCCUGUAGCAUGUAGGUGGAGGGCUGCGAAGCCGGUGCCAGACAGUAUCCCGCUGCGACUCAGCAACUCAGUUUAAACGUAUCUUAAGACAUGAGGGAAGCAAAAAUAUGCCAUUAAUAAUACGGUUGUGUACUACCGUCCUCAACGUGAGCGAGCUUGUUCCAAAAUUCUUGACUUUUGCUAUUUGUUUACAACAUUAUAUAUAUAUAUAUAUAUCUUUAAAGUUCACCCAGUAGCUUCCCGUACCCCCUUCUUUACUUUCCCUGAACUCCCAUUUUUGUUCAAUCGGUCGUAUGCAAAGUUGCGUAAGUACAGAGAUGUUUAAAGCUCCAAACCUCAGGAAUGAGGGGUCACUAAGACCCAGAAGUGUAGCGUUUUGUUAUCUUACCCGUCUGGAUAAUUUGGGGUGUAUUAUUUAGUAUACAGUGCCUUUCAAGAGUAUUCACAGCUGAAGUUUUAAUUGGGAUGAAACAUGGUGGUGGCAGCAUAUACCUGUGGUGAUACAGUAUUGGGGGGAUAAAGAACUAUUGGAGUAUGCAGAAGGUAUGUUAGGUGUCUAGGGUUAAAGUGGUCCUGUCAAAGUCUACGUGUUUCAAUAGGCCAAAAUGUCAUCCUCCUGAUCUGGUACAUUCACCUUAAAAAUUUUAAGCUGCAAUCAAAACAAAAUGUAAACGCAUGUAUCAUUCUCCUUUCAUUUCAAAUGAUCUGGUACUUUAUGUUGGGGUUCCACAUAGCACCUACAUGUAAUACAUUAAAAGUGAGGUGGUCACAUGAAUGCUUUAGUAAGGCACUGUAGCUGUAGUGCUAAAUGCUAUAAUGUGCAUUUAGUUUAGUUUAGUAAGGCAUGAUUAUGAAAAUACAAGAGUGGAUUUUAGUUUGUGAUAUUCUGAGGGCUUCCAUGUGUAAAUGUUGUCAAAAAUGACAGAAGAGAAACUCAAAAUUCAACUUUUGGUAAAUCUGAUUACAUUCCAUUGGUUUAAUUCAAGGUACUGCAUAUAAUUCAGAUCAAGAUUUCUUUUUUAAAGGUUUUAUUAUAACUGUAAAAUGUUCAGAAGCUGAUCCUGACCGUCUUCUUUGUUUUCAGGUGUAACUUUUUACAUUAUUUUAACUUCAGUUAGAAAAUAGAAUGAAAAUAGAAAACUACAGAAUAAAACCAAUUUUUAUACCCAUUGGAGCUCUUGCUAGCCAAUACUAACAGUUACAUGUAACUGUCUUUAGCCGAACAGGAAAAAAAAUGUUCUGCAGGGCAUUUGAUAGAGGUGGUAGACCUGAAUUCAAUAAAAUAUGAACUGCCCGCUAGUCUUUAUCUGAUUUUUACCAAACAAAAAGCAAACUAAAAGAACAUGCUAUUUGUUGAUGUGUUUACAAUCUGAAAAAUUACUUUUUUAAAAUUUUUAUGUGCCGUAGGAAUGAAGAAAAAGUUGUUUUUCAGUAUCUGAUCUCCUUAAAGCAAGCAAAAAUCCAGGAAUUUGUUCUUGUAUCUUGAAUAAAAUACAUUCAACAAUUUACAAUUUCGACAAUAAUCUUUCAUUCGUAAGAUUUGUGUGCACAAAUCCAUAGAAACUCAUAUGUACGCAUGUAUGUAUAGUACCUGGUUAAACAGUUGCAGAGAAACUACACUCUUUUGGAGUUUCUGGACUAAUAUCAGCCUGGAUCUUUGACCAGCUCUUCCUGUUAGACAUUUUAUUGAUGAAAAGUUGGAGCGCUUCAAAGUCAACUUUUAUUUUUACUUGGUAACCUAAUUUUAGCCUGAUGGUUUGGUUUAAUGGCCCAGUUGUGUCCGUGAAGUUGUAGAGACUUGAGUGGUUCCUGGCUCCUGUUUAAAGUAUCAUCCCUCUGCCCCGUCACCU